CUGUUCUUCGUGACACAGACAAAUAAACUAAGAAAAUCGGAGUUCGAUUAUACAAGUACAAUGGAUGAAUUCAUAGAGUCAAAAUUGAAAGAAUGGGAUCUACAUACACUGUUGGAUGUUUUUGAAGAUCAUAUUACUGCUGCAUUGAUCUUGAUUCCGAGGAUAUUCCCAUCAUUAACUGUAAGCAUAUUGUCUAAUGUUGGUGGAACAAGAAAAAGAAAAAAAGAAAGUUGGAGACCAUCAAAUGAAGAAAUUUCAGAAGGCUUCAUUGUCAUUCUAAAAAAUGUUGCUCAAUUGAAAGAAAUUAUUAACAUCAAAACUACUAAGGCUACUUCGUUUGGGUUAACUGUUCAGCCAUAUGUUGCUUUGCUCUGUUCAGAUCCUCAGAAUGAAUUGAUUGUAACAGCGUCGUAUGUAAUAAUAAACAAGUAUACAUUUAAAGCAGAAACGCCACUAAAGGCAGUAGAUAUUUGUUUCAAAAGUUUUUUUGCACUAAAUUUAAAAUAUCCUGUACAAUCAGACCACGUAUGGGAAUUUAUUCAAAAAUUCUUUUAUGGUAUCAUUACAAAAGAAGAUAAAAAAUACCAAUGUGUUGACAAUAUUCAUUACCCUUAUAUUAUGGAACAAGUAGGUCCAUUGAUUAAUAUUUGGUCUAUGCGGUUUGAGGCCAAACAUAAAGAGUCAAAAAUUGCUGCUCGAGCAAUAUCAAGUAGGAAAAAUAUUUGUUAUACGUUAAUGUUAAAAAAUCAGUUAAAAAUGUCCUACAAAUUUACUCAAAUAUCAAAAUAUUCUAAAUUUUCAAGUUCUUUGAAUGUAGGUAAAAAUGUAAUGUAUUAUUUAGACAAAAAAAAAAAUUUAGCUUCUGUUUUAAAUUAUCCAUGUAUAGAACACUCUAAUUUUGUUUCUUGGAUUAAAGUAAAAAAUAUUCAUUACACUACAAAUAAUAUGUAUUUGGUAUUGGAUAUUUCAGAUUUACCUGUUUUUGAUUUUUUAAAAUACAUUUCUAUACUACCUGACCUUACAGCUUUAGGUAUUUUUGAAGUGCUUAAAACAAUUAAUUUUAAUGAACAUUUACAAACAUAUUAUGUUGAGAAAACUCAAAUUAUAUCUUCUUCAAACUUUACAGAUUUACCUAAUUUUAGUCCUACAUUUUGUUGUAUAAAACAAAAUGGCCUUAGUUAUAUACCUUUAAUAUUGUAAACAUUAAAAUAUAUAAUAUUUAUUAAAAGCUUA